AUGGCUACCCAUACUGGUGCUCGCAGGGCGGGCCGCUCUCCCUUGAUUUUCUUCGCCAUGCUGUCGUAUUUGAUGAUGAUACCAGGCGUCUUGGCGAUGAACUUUGUCUCCCGUGCAGAGUGGAAGGCACGCGCGCCGAAGGAAGCCUAUAAGCCAAUGACAGAUGCCAAGGGUGUGAAAGUGCACUAUCUAGGGCCCCAAUUCAGUGGAAAACAGCAUUCAGAAUGUGAUGACUUCAUGAGAUCUGUGCAAAACCAGCACAUGGAUGAAUCCCCAGAAGAUUACUUUGACAUCGCCUACAAUCUUGCAGUGUGUGAACAUGGCUACGUGUUUGAUGGUCAAGGAAAAGGUCAUCGCAGCGGUGCCAAUGGAGAUGUCCAGUUGAACUCGGAUCAUUAUGCUGUUCUCGCCUUCCUGGGAAAGUCCGGUGUUACGGAGCCUACCAAAGAGCAGAUUAUUGGACUGCAAGAUUCGAUUGCGUAUUUGCGUCGGGCCGGUGCUGGUGACGAGAUUAAGGGUCACCGAGAUGGAUACAAUACCGAGUGUCCUGGUGGCCCGCUAUAUAAGCUGGUUACUGAUGGUAGCCUGGACCCUGGCAAACUUUGGGACGGCGGGUCUCAUACAGUUCAAAAAGGGGAGGAUCUGGAUACUAUUAGCGCCAAGUACAAUGUGCCGAAGCAGUAUAUCAUUACCGCGAACGAUCUUCAGUCGCCCUACCGUCUUACUGUCAAUCAGACGAUAGAGGUUCCUGCUCGUGGGGUGCCACUCACUGAGAGUGGGAAUUGA